GAACACUCUUUCAACCGGACGUAUGACUGGGCGAUACAGGGAUGCGUUGAGAGCGCUUUCUGCACGUACGGGGACCGCUUUGCCUUCCCUUAUCUUUUCCUUCGCGGUUCUGCAUGAAGUCACUGCUAUCGCCUCUCUCGUUGGUGUAUUCUACGGUGCUCGUGCUCUAGGCGUAGGAGAUCGUCUUUUGCAUGUCGCACAGACCACUCUGCCAUCGGCACCAGAUCAAUGGUCGAUGGAACAUUGGAUGAGAGGUCAAUGGAAGACGUGGGUUGCUGAAGGAGAGAAAUGGGCGGAAAAGGUUGGGAGGAGGUACGGAUUUUUCGGGUAUGAGAAAGAGCCAAUGAUGCCUGUGAAUCCUGAAGACGGCACGGAGGCUAGGGCUAAGAUGUCAGGGAGGAUCGCAGGGGAUGUCGCCAAUGCGAUCGUUGCCUACGGCCUGACGAAGGCGAUUGCGCCCAUACGUAUACCUUUGUCCAUGUAUCUAUCGCCUGCUUUUUCUCGCCGUGUCGUGGACCCCGUCAGUCGGAAUAUUUUCAGACUCUUCAAGCGAAGUCCUCCGAGGUCGUCUUGAAUCCUAUGUCUAACCGCGCCAAUCCGCUCAUCUCACACAUAUACGACCUCUUCCGGUAUGCGGUGUGUCAGGUGCAUCUCCCACUGUCAGCGGCGCAACGCUCCAGAUUCGAUAACGUAACUGCGAGCAAGAUGAGACACAAUAACAUGGACCUUGGAAUAUCUGCUACCAAUCAGACCAAUAUUGCCUCUAUCCAAUCCUCUGUCACACAGCUGCC